CUAGGUGGGAAAGGAUUAACGCAGAGUUUGAAAGUACACAUGGUGAUGGCUGAUGGCUGCUUUUUUCUCUUUCUGAUCUUCUUCUCUUCCUUUAUAUCUACAAAUACUAUUCUUCAUGCAUACGCAUCCAACCAAGCUCAACGCAACUCACUUGGUCUGUCAUCUCCUCCUUCCUCAAACCGGAUUUCUAUAAAUUGUCGCCCUGGUCGGAAGGGCAUUACUAAGUGUAAUCACAACGAUUUGGCCGCCCUUACUGUAGUCAGUGACAGCGACAGGCCUACCAAAGGCACCCCCGGCGGCAGACGCAGCCUGGGAGGCAGCACCCCCGUUAAAGGGAUCAUUGCAGGCGCAGGAUCAGGAGCAGGAUAUCCACCAGGAGCAGGAUAUCCACCAGAAGCAGCAGGCGGAGCAGCAGGAGCAGGAUAUCCAUAGUACCGCCAAACCAUCUCAGUAUUCUAAGGUGGUUUGAAACGCCAAAAUAUAUAUAUAUAUAUAUAUAUAUAUAUGACAUGUGGAGUCUAAUGAAUUUACACAAAAUUUAUAGUUUGCAGAAUGAACCAGGAAGAUGCGAUAAUUUCCCGUCUUCUUAACCGUAGAGGAAAGGUUCCCUUAUGAUUUUUGUGUAAACUCCUAGUCUCCACAUGUCAUAGAAUUAUUGGUGGAUCAAACCACCUCAACCUUUUAAGAUGAAACCUACGGUACCCUGAAAAAAAUUUAUCCGAAUCUAGGAUUAUUACAGAAUGCGUGCAUGACUCGCUUGAUAGCUUAUCUAUCAAGAGUUGAUUUGAAUUAUAUUUUCGAAAAGCUUUGAUUGACCUCAAGAGUGUUCAUCCAUGGUAUAUCAACCUGGUACAACUCUUUACGGACUAAAUAAAAUCAUUUAUAGAUUGCGUUCUACAUAAUUUAUGUAACAUAAUAACAUAUAGUAAAACAUAUUUGUCAAAGUACGUUAUAUUACUUCGAUCUCAA